CACGAGCGUUCAUCCACACGGAUAUUCACAGUUUAAUGUUCCAAACAACGUUAUGGGAGACAUGUCUCUGAUGCAACCCACCGCUGCCAUGGAUCCUUAUUAUUAUAUGAAUUCAGCGUAUCCACGGCAACCAUUACAAUACCACAUGUACGCACCUCUUUUACCGCACAUCUCAAACCUACAUCCACACCAAAAAACACUUCAAUCCUUCUUCAUCCCUGAAAAUCUACGGGAACAAUUGUUCAAAAGGAACGAAGCUACUAUCGUAUCUACGCCAGCCCGCGAGGUUGGUCUUCCCCUUGAAGUUCAUGUUUAUCAUUCUCUGUGUCUUCUUGAAGACAAACCAGGUUCAUUUUUUGGUCAUUCUUCAUGGGUAUACAAAGCAACAAGUAGAGUAGAUGGAAAAUCAUAUGCAUUAUUGCGAAUUGAAGGAUUUAGGUUAGUAAAUGAACUUGCAAUGAAGGCAGUCGAAAGUUGGCGCCAGAUCAAGCACUGUAGUGUGGUGUCUAUCAGAGAAGCAUUUACUACUCGCGCAUUUGGAGAUUCAUCCCUUAUUUUUGUUUAUGAUUAUCAUCCAUGUGCCAUGACCUUAUUUGAUGCUCAUUUUUCGCCUCAGGCACAUACGGCUAUGAUGGCUCAACGCCAAGCCAUUGGUAGCAACACAAUGCUUGUGCCAGAGACUACAUUAUGGAGUUAUAUUACACAGAUUACAUCUGCACUAAAAGUGAUUCACACUGCUGGUCUAGCUUUACGUACACUUGAGCCCAGUAAAAUUUUGAUGACCGGAAAGAACCGGUUACGACUUAAUUGCUCAAGUAUAUUUGAUGUCUUACAAUACGAUGGGGGACAAAACUUGGCACGCUAUCAACAAGAGGAUUUGCUAUCUUUUGGAAAGUUGGUUGUUGCAUUGGCAUGCAACUCGCUCCAGUCAUAUCACAAUCUGCCGAGUUCAUUUGAAUAUAUAUCAAGGUUUUAUUCACCUGAACUUAAGAAUGUGGUAUUGUAUCUGCUGAGCAAACCUCUUCCCACAAAGAACAUUGAUGAAGUAGUGACCUUAAUUGCACCUGGAUUAUUGCAUGAGGUCAAUUGUAGCCAAUAUUAUACAGAUACUUUAGAAAGCGAAUUGAGUCGUGAGUUGGAGAAUGGACGACUUGUACGUUUGAUGAGUAAACUAGGGUUUGUCAACGAACGACCAGAAUUUGAUGAUGAUCCACGGUGGGCAGAGACUGGAGAUCGAUAUCUUAUCAAACUCUUCCGAGACUAUGUUUUUCAUCAAGUGAACAAUAAUGGUGUACCUGUGGUUGAUAUGGCUCAUGUCCUGACUUGUCUCAACAAACUUGAUGCAGGUGUAGACGAGAAGAUAAUGCUCGUAUCUAGAGAUGAGCAAUCGUGCCUGGUAGUGAGUUACAAGGAAGUCAAGAACUGUAUCUCAUCUGCCUUUAAUGACCUAUCCUCGACUCGAAAAUAGAAAUAUUACAUGUACAAAAAAAAGUAUUUGAUUUUCUCCAUCAUUUUUUUUUAUAAAAUAUAUUUAUAUUUAUAUUUAUAUAUAUAUUUAUAUACAAGACAAUAAAAAAUAUAAAAUAU